GGCCGAGACGCGGGGAAUGUCCCAGGCCUGGCUCGUUGAGACGCUCGCUGUGCUUCUCCUGGUUCGGCUGGUGUCUGCAGGGCCUGAGGCUCGCCGCGUUUCGAAAUGGCCGAGCAGUCGGAUAAGACAGUCAAGUACUACACCCUGGAAGAGAUACAGAAGCACAACCACAGCAAGAGCACCUGGCUGAUCCUGCACCACAAGGUGUACGAUUUGACUAAAUUUUUGGAGGAGCAUCCUGGUGGGGAAGAAGUCUUACGGGAACAGGCUGGAGGUGAUGCUACUGAAAACUUUGAGGAUGUCGGGCAUUCGACGGAUGCUAGAGAAUUGUCCAAAACGUACAUCAUUGGCGAGCUGCAUCCAGAUGACAGAUCAAAGUUAACCAAGCCUGCGGAAACUCUUAUUACUACUGUGGACUCUAAUUCCAGCUGGUGGACCAACUGGGUGAUUCCCGCCAUCUCAGCACUGGUCGUAGCCUUGAUGUAUCACCUCUACACAGCAGAAGACUGAGGACAUCCUCAGAGGCCAAUGACAGAAAAGACUGCUUUGGACCAGCAGGAAAGAAGCCAACGUUCACUGCUUCAACUGACAGAAACCUUCCCCUGAAAAGUAAUUGUAACACACCUCUUUCCCUUUCCUCCUGUGCUGGAAACAAAACAAACCAAAAAAGAACUGUUCUGUUCUCUCUCCUCUUGAACUUCUGCGGGUGCCUUUUGGUUCAGCAACUUCAUUUCCAUGUUCCAUGACUGUGUAAUUAUUGUAGGCAUGAGCUUUCAAAAAUAUAUCUUGCUUUUAAAAUA